AUGCUCGCGGCCGUCCUGAACGGCAGCCGUCAAAAGCGCCGUCUAGCACUGCUUGGAUCAUUUGUGCUGGUGACAAUACUGCUGCUGCUAACGUACUAUUCAUUUCUACCAAUACCAAGCUACGCAUACCGUCUAAUCGCCCCGUCUGUCGCUGUUGGCGAAAAAAUAGAACCUCUGAGUCUCCCUGUCGAAUACACCACCGUUCCUGCAGAACCAACAUUUUGUGCUGAGCGAUUUGGAACAGCUUUUCUUGAAAACCUGCGCGAUUCAGCAAGACAGUACUGCAACCAGUCGUCCGCUCUCACCUGCUUCCAUUCUCACACCACGGGCAAGCGAUGGGAUUCUUUCUGUUUCGGGAAGGGGGCCAGGUACGACCAUGACGAAGGUCAAUUCCAUCUAGAGUGCAACUUGGUGGAACAAUCAGAGCUGGAAUUAAACGAAACUGUGCUGGAGGGUGCCCCGGAGUAUCCAAGCUUUGAUGAGCUCGAGAAAUACUGGUAUGACACUGGUCUGCCCGUAGUUUUCAAUGGCUGGAUUCAAAUGGAUAACGAGACGCAACCAUCUUCGACAAAGACCGAAAAUUACACUAUAUUAGUCAAGCGGGAAGGCGCCACCAACCACUGGCACUCGUUGAUGGAAAUAUACUCCAUGACACUGAGUAUAGAUGCACUUCAAAUUACAGCCCAAUCGACAGAUUAUACUCCUUUCUACGUCGCCGCGCGCGAUGCUCCAAACACUCAAGUCGUCAUACUUGAUGACCACCCAGACGGACCGUAUUUCGAUUUAUGGUCGCUCUUCUCAAAGAAGAGAGUCCUCCGUCUGAACGAUCUCCCGGCAAACGCGACAUUUGAAAAUAUAAUCGUACCCCUUGCUGGUGCAUCAAAUACACUUUGGCAGGGUGACUGGGAGAUCAAUUCUUGCGAAAAGUCCGAUCUUUUGAACACUUUUGUCGAUCGCGCGUUGACUCUAUAUGGACUCAAUGGCACCAUCCCACGGCAGAACAAAGAAAUAACCUUGACAUUCAUAAACCGAGUUUCUGGACGAAGACUCGCCAACCAAGAGGAAUACCUGAAACGGCUCCAGCGAGAGAUCCCUUCCGUCAUCAUUCAGUCCAUCGAUUUCGCAGCGAUUUCCUACGAAGAGCAGUUGAAGAUUAUUCGGGAAUCGGAUAUCCUAGCAGGCGUCCAUGGAGCUGGUCUCACACAUGGGAUUUUCUUGCCUCCUGGGUCGGCGAUGGUUGAGAUCCUACCAGCUGGGCUCAAUCACAAGGGGUUUCGCAAUGUUGCUUCUUUGCGAGGUCAUGACUAUUUCAGUACACAUGCAAAUGAACCGCCGUCAGUCAAGCAGGGUGACUGGCAUUCUGAUGAUGUUUAUUUGGACUUUGAGCGAUUCGUGGAUGUGAUGAAUAUAGCCAUCAAGGCAAUGUAUAAUAAAGGCAUGAGAAGUUACGAUGUUAAUAAAUAG